GGGAGAGGCCACGACAGUGAGAGGCCCGCGUACCGCAAAAAAACAACAAAACAAAACAAAAAAAGUCAUAAUGAAAGAAUCAAAAAUCAAAAUGAUAUGAGACUUAAUAGACCACGGGGAACUAGAAGACAGUGGAGGAAUUGAUGCCUUCUGAGGAAAUUCUGAGGAAAAGGAUCCUCCUCUUAGAACCUAACACACAGCCAAACUGUCAUUCAAGAGUGAGAGAAGAAUAAAAAUAUUUUCAGACAUUCAAGAUCUCAAAAUAUUAACCCUCCACGCACCCUUUCUCAGGAAGCUACUGGAGAACACCCUCCCUUAAGGGUAGCUGUAGUGGGCCUCCAGGACAACCGAACACAGAUGGAAACAGAGGACAGGGGCUCCAGGAGAGAGAAGUUGAGAGAGUGCAGGGGGCCACUCAGAAGCCACCGUGUUUGGACAUCUGGGUUCUUCUUUCUACAACAGCCUGAGCAGGGUUCUUGUGGAAGUCAGACCAAACAGCAGGAAGGUAUUGCAGCAAGAUGGAUUUGGGAAAGGACCAGUCUCACUUGAUGCUCCAUCAGAUACCUGAUCCUCAUCAAGAAGAGAACCAUGUACCAGAAGUCAUUGGAACUUGGAGUUUAAGAAACAGAGAGCAACUCAGAAAAAGAAAAGCUGAAGCACAAGAAAAGCAAACUUCACAAUGGCAAUUUGGAGAGAAAAAACAUAAGCGGCAGAGAACAGGAAAAAGAAGUGAAAGAGGCAGAAAGAGACAACAAAAUGCAGAAACGAAGGUGGAGCCUCUGUCACAAUUAGAAAAGGAAAUGAUGGAGAAAGCACCAGCACCUACAGAGAAAGAAACUGAACCACCCAGGAGUGUGACCGAAGCUCUCCUUCCGGUAGCCUCCACGCAAAGAGUUGUGCCCAAGAAACAUUUUUCUGAAAUAGGUCAAGAAAGCAUUAUCCAUCAGGAAAAUUCUUCUGAAUACCAAGAAACAGCAGUACAAAACCACUCUUCUGAAAUACUCCAAGAUAUGGCUGAAUCUGGAGACCUUUCUCCUAAAAUGUACCAAGAAAUAGCUGUAUUUCAAGACCAUCCUUCCCAAAUGCGCCAUGAUAUGGCUCAGCCUGAAGACCUCUCCCUUAAAAUGUGCCAAGAAACCGCUGCAGCCAAAGCCCUUUCUUCUAAAACAUCUGAAGAUGUAGCUGACCUGGAAGGAUGCCCUCUUGAAGCAUACCCCAAACCAGAUGUGCCUAAAGGCUACGCUCUUGAAACCUACCAAAAAAGAGCUGAACCUGAGGAACACAAUUCUGAACUAGGUCAAGGAAUAGCUGAGACUGAAAAUUUUGUUCCUAAAGCACAAGAAAUAGCUGUGCCUAAAGAGCUUUCUAUAAAAACAUACCAAGAAACAGUUGAACCUGAACACUUUUCUCAUAAAACAUAUAAAGAAAUUGCUGUGUCUAAAGCCCCCUCUCAUAAAACAAUCCAAGAAACACCAGCUCCUGAAAAAUAUUCACCUGCAAUAUACCAAGAAACACCUGGGUCCGAAGAAUAUUCACCUGAAAUAUAUCAAGAAACAGCUGGGCCUGAAGGCUAUGCACCUGAAAUAUACCAAGAAAUACCUGGGCCUGAAGACCUCUCUACUAAGACAUAUAAAGAUAAGGAUGUGCCUGAAGAAUGCUUUCCAGAACUGUACCAAGAAAGAGGUGGGCCCCAAGACCAGGAUCCCAAAGCACACCAGGAAGAUGCUAAGGGUGUUUAUAUUUCUCCUUGAGAAAUGAAGGAAAAACCCAAAGCAGAGGAACCAGAGAUACCAGCAAUUCCAAACGUUCCUCAAGAGAUUCUCCCAGAAAAUGAAAUUUAUAGUUGUUUUGUUUUAACAAUGUGCAACCAUCAUAGUUGUCCAACAAAAUUCACAUCUUAU